AUGAAGAAAUUCCCUCUGUUGGAGGAGCUCGAGCUUUGUGAAUGUGAGAGAUAUGACACGUGCGUCUUUGAGCUUGUUGCAACGGCUUGUCCACUACUGAAGCACUUCAAACAUGUCAACGAUCGAGCAUAUUCGUGGUAUUAUUGGGAACGGGAUCUAUACCCCGUCGACAACCGCGAAGCCUUGGCAAUUGCAAGGAUGCAUGAGCUACGGUCCCUGAAGAUUUUCCACAGUGGCCUCGACAACCAAGGGUUGACAGCCAUCCUUGACGGCUGCCCUCACCUGGAGUCCCUUGACAUACGCUACUGCAGCAACAUCAUCAUGGACAGCAGCAUGCGAGCAAAGUGUGCCCGUGUUAAGACGAAGAAGGUGUAUCCAUAUGCGCCAACUGAUGACUGGGUGCGUCCUCGGUCUGGCAUCCAUGAUGACUCCAUCGAUGAUUCUUCCAAGUAUUUCGAGCCUGGCAGCCCUGUUAGUAGAUGUCAUUCUCCACGGGAUAGUUAUUGGUGGUUUCGCAGCAAUGGUGAGGAGCCCGACUGUCGGUUUUUCAAUGUGGAGCCUUGUGACUCCGAGGACUCUGAUCAUUCUCGCUUCUUUAGUGGUGCCGAGGAGACCGAGUUUGAGUACUGGAGGAUCUGA